UGUUGCGACGCAAGUUGCAGCUUCACCCUGAGCUCUGCUAUUUAGAGCGAAUGAACUAUACAGAUGCGGCAAAGCAAAGCUAACAGAACAAGAAGGCAGCACUAGUUUACAAAAGAUUCCCAUGGAUUACCCGAUGCGGGGGGUGCAGCAGCACCAAGGAUUCCGGGCGGUUCAUCCAUGGCAGUGGUGGCAGUGGCAGCUCUCCGUCCUGGCUUCUUCCUCUUCGCCUCCGGCUCCGUCGACGCGGCCGCCCAACCACGUCAGCUGGGAUGAGACCGGCGCCGCGCAUAUCUACUCCGCCGACCUCCCCGGCGUGAGGAAGGAGGAGAUCAGGGUGGAGAUUGAGGACGGGAGGUACCUCGUCAUACGCACCGAGCUGGACGCUGGUGACGCGGAAGUCCACGGCCGCCGAGGCAGCUUCGCGAGGAAGUUCCGGCUGCCGGGGAUGGUGGACGCCGACGGCAUCACGGCCGAGUACGCCCACGGCGUAGGCAUUUCCUAUAUGGCGCCCGUUGCACCCGUUACAGGCGUCGGCGCAAACGGGCGCACACCCCGCCUCCUUCCAUCGAUGCGACAUGGGCCAGCCCAUUUAACUUUUUUCUUCUUCUGUUAAAUUCCAAAAAAUGUUGCGGCAACAAGAUUCCUAUAUGGCGCC